AUGACAGUUCUCAAACGAGUUCUCAAAGUGAAAAUUUUUCAAAUCCCUCGCACAUGCGAUUUUUUCUUUGCGCGUGACGCUAGCGUUCUUUUUCAGUGAAAAUCUAAAUUAUUUCGGAAAAUUACCAAGCUCCCCCAAAAAAGCCGCAAAAAUGACCGAAAUAUUAAGCCACUCCAUCAAGAUUACAAAGUCCUCAGAUGAGCGUUCUUGCCCCUCAGAGGACCACAAGCGACGCAUCCGGAAGAUGAUUGAGGUGACCCACUCGACGCGCUAUAUGAAGUACGUCGAAGGCGACGAUGAACCAAAUGAAAUGGCUUUGGUCCCCAGGCGCCCGAUCCGUAAUAAUUUUGCCUCCACCAUGGCUGUGAUCGAUAACAGCAUGGGAAAUUUUCAAGACGCCAUCGGAUAUGACAGGACACGGUUCGGGUCCAAUUGCCGGAAGAUGGCCCAACAGUAUUAUGCGGGGCGCAUUCAUAAGAUGAACAAAAAGGUGAAGAAAUGUGCCAAGAAGGCGGCAAAGUACAGAAAGGUGGAUGGCAAGGUGAAGCACGAGAAGCGAAACAUGGUUAAGAAGCUCCAGGACGUGCUGGAGACCAGCCAGAAGAAGCGCGAAAAACGGGAGAAGCUGCUUGCGAGUCUCAUGAAAAAGAUGGCUGGAAGUGCAUCACCAGUGAUGUAGACCGUUCUUGAAGUUAUUGAAAGAUUCAAUUCAACCAGUUAAUCAAAAGAUUAACAAAUAAUAACAUGCGAGUAAGGAACUAUUAAAUAGUCAAAUAAUAAAUAAAAUUUGUUUUGGAAAUUUAUUUGAGAAGUCAUACGUUUUUACUACAUUUAGUAUAACACAUAAUCCACUAAAGUGCUAGACCCUAUGCUAGACAAAUGGUCCCUGUUGGCCGCGCAAACUGGAGGGAUCGUCUCAUCGACGAACUGACGUGACUCUCGAUCUCAGAACAUGACCGAAAACCGAGCGUAUAGUAGAGCACCAUCUUCGUCGGUCUUGGACGAUGUUCCUCCAGUUUCCCCGAACGUGUAGGGAUCGUGGAUCUUCUUAAACCGCGUGCAGCCAGCGAGUUCGCGACCGCCCACGAAGUCGCCUACCUCUACCGGGUUUUCUGCUGAUUAUUGUUUUCGCUAUUCUUUCUUCCGACAUUCGCACUACGUGUCCAGUCCACUGAAGUCUGCCGUAUUUUAUACGUUUCACAAUAUUCGCAUCUUCGUACACUUG